GGGGAGGGGGCCGUCUGGGGAGGGGGCGGGAAUUCCCGACUCGGAGCCGGAAAAGCGCGGACUCAAUGGACCGAGCCCCUAGCGAGGUCUGAGAAUCACUGGAGCUAUCACAGCCACCAUGGGGCCCUGGGGUGAACCUGAGCUCCUGGUGUGGCGCCCAGAAGCGGUGGCUGCAGAGCCUCCAGUGCCCGUGGGGCUGGAGGUGAAGCUGGGGGCUCUGGUGCUGCUGCUGGUCCUCACCCUUCUCUGCAGCCUGGUGCCCAUUUGUGUGCUGCGGCGGCCUGGAGCUAGCCAUGACCCUGAAGGCUCAGCUACCCGUCAGAAAUUUCUGAGCCUAGUAAGCUGCUUCGCUGGAGGUGUGUUUUUGGCCACUUGUCUUCUGGACCUGUUGCCCGACUACCUGGCUGCCAUCGAUGAGGCCCUGGCGGCCCUGCACGUGACUCUCCAGUUUCCACUGCAAGAGUUCAUCCUGGCCAUGGGCUUCUUCUUGGUCCUGGUGAUGGAGCAGAUUACGCUGGCUUACAAGGAGCAGUCUGGGCCGCCACGUCGGGAGGAGACGAGGGCCCUGCUGGGAACAGUAAAUGGUGGGCCACAGCAUUGGCAUGACGGGCCGGGGGUCCCAUACACAAGAGGAGCUGCAGCAGCCCCUUCAGCCCUACGUGCCUGUGUACUGGUCUUCUCCCUGGCUCUGCACUCAGUGUUUGAGGGGCUGGCAGUGGGACUGCAACGAGACCGAGCUCGGGCCAUGGAGCUGUGCCUGGCUUUGCUGCUCCACAAGGGUAUCCUGGCUGUCAGCCUAUCCCUGAGGCUCCUGCAGAGCCACCUCCGGGUGCAGGUGGUGGCUGGCUGUGGAGUCCUCUUCUCAUGCAUGACACCUCUGGGCAUUGGGCUGGGUGCUGUUCUGGCAGAGUCAGCUGGGCCUCUGCACCAGUUGGCCCAGUCUGUACUGGAGGGUAUGGCAGCUGGCACCUUCCUUUAUAUCACUUUCCUGGAAAUCCUGCCCCAGGAGCUGGCCUCUUCUGAGCAGAGGAUCCUCAAGGUCAUUCUGCUCCUUGCUGGUUUUGCUGUGCUUACUGGCCUGCUCUUCGUCCACAUUUAGGGGGCUUCAGUUUAGGGGGCAGGGGAGGUUGCCUACCAGGUGCUUCUAGCUUUCCUUCUCCCAGUGUAUGGAGAACAGGAAAGAAUGAGGAAGGUACAAAGACAGAGUUCUCUGGGAGAUAGGAAUGGAGCCUGUCAGAUUAUGUCUAGUGAAACAAGUGGGCAGAAAAGAGGCUGACUUCAGGCCCAAGCAAGGGGAGCUAGCCAAGUCACUGACCACUUGAUCAGGGGACAUUAGAAUGGAAGCAGACUCUGACUAUCAAGGUCAGAGGGCACACAUUACUCACUGGGACAAAAUGACAAUGGGGAGGCUGGAGGUGGGUGGGCACUCAGCCACUGAGAUAAUAUGGGGAGGGCAGGGCCUAGAGUCAGCAUUUUGUUGAUUCUAGCCUAUAUUGGCAUCCUGUCAUUUGCAGGGAACCCUUCCUACUUUUCUUGCCUCCUACACAUACCUCCUCCUCUUCUUCCAGGGACACUAGUGCCAAAUGGUCUCUCCCUGCCAAUUUUCAUACCUUCUCUGGCCUCCUGAGUCCUGCCUACUCCACUAUUUUUGAAGUGCCAAACAAAUCCCCUUUUCUCAAAGCACAGAGUUGUGGCAGUAGGCCCUGCUCAACACCUCAGUUGAGGGGACCUACUUGCUUUUUUAGUUCCAUAUUUUGGGUGGGGCAGAAAUCUUCGCUGGACUGGCUUGAGGGGAGACCUGCGACCACCUGCUGCUGCACCCUAGGAUUAGGGGAGAGACAUGGACAUAAGGUGUCCCAUACCCAAAUGGUAAACACAGAGCUGCCAAACAUUUUUUAUACCUGAUGAGCCCAGGGGGAGGAAAAUAACCACCCCUGGGGAUAUUUUUGGGGAGGGAGGGCUGUGUAUAAGCCGUAUUCUCUAGAAUCUAUUUUACUAACUAACCUGUUUGGGGACAUAUUAGCCAAAUAAAAGAUGUUUCUGUGCAAUU